AUGGUUUCCACAGAGUUUGACUACGUCAUUGUUGGAGGUGGAUUGGCAGGCAUCGUGUUGGCUGCUCGAUUGUCUGAGGAGUCUGGUACUGAGGUUCUCGUCAUUGAGGCGGGAAAGGACCAGACGGUCGACCCCCGGGUCAAUGUCCCCGGCAUGUGGCCUGCUUUGCUCCGUACUGAGUCCGCGUGGGACUUCAAAACUGUUCCUCAGCCAGGACUGGGUGGCCGGGAGAUCGGCUUUCCACAGGGCCGGCUGCUGGGAGGAUCAAGUGCACUGAAUGGCCUUGCUUUCACCGCAACGUCCAAGGCCAAUGUGGACGCAUGGGGGCAGCUGGGCAAUCAAGGAUGGGUCUGGUCAAGCUUCUACGAGUCAAUGAGGCAGUCAUACACGUCGCCCUCCCAAGAUGCAGACGCCCAAGGCCCCAUUAGACUCAGUGCCCCUGAAGAGGAUUCGGAAUGGCCCAAAAUCUGGAAGGAGACUCUUAUUGGUCUGGGUUUCUCAACAACUGGUGAUCAGUUUUCUGGCGACUUCUGUGGCGGUCUGGUUGUGCCAGAUUCUAUCGAUCCCCUCACCAAGCAGAGAAGCUACGCCGGCAACGCAUAUCUUGAACCGGCGCGAUCGCGACCCAACCUGAACUUCUGGACAGAGACUCAGGCCACUAAGGUGUUAUUUGAUCAGCCAGACUCGGGCACUGUCAUCGCCACUGGGGUCCAGGUAGCCCGGGGUGGGGAGACAAAGACUGUGCGAGCGCGCAAAGAGGUCAUUGUCACCGCGGGCACCAUCAACUCUCCGAGGCUCUUGGAGCUUUCGGGCGUCGGAGAUGCGAAGCUCUUAAAAUCACUUGGUAUCCCAGUAGUGGUUGACAACCCCCACGUAGGAGAGAAUCUUCAAAACCACCCCAUGUGCACCUUGAGCUUUGAAGCGCAUGAUCACCAGGGCUUUGAGACCAUCGACAAGCUUGCGAGGCAAGACCCAACUGCUAUUGCAGCCGCCAUGGAAGCUUAUGCGAACCAAAAAGGCCCCUUUUCCAGAAGCGGCGCGAAUCUAGCUGCGCAGUUGCCAACUCCUCCCCUCAAGCCUGAGGACGAGGCUAGUGAACUGGAUACAUUCUUGCAGAGCAAGAUAUCGGACAGUCACGGGGAAGCCAAAUCUUUUGCGAAGUUACACGAGUCCUUCGUUCGCUCCAUCAUCACUUCACCCACGCAGGCAACUGGAUGCUAUAUCGCCAUCCCGGGCUUCGCAGGAGCUACUGGCGAUGGGUGGAUGGCUCCUGCGCCCUCUGGGGGCGAGAAUUACUUCACGCUGACAGUGCUUCUCGCUCAUCCUUUGUCUCGUGGUUCGGUGCAUGUGACUCACUCAUCAACGGACGCGUCGUCGCUCUCUAUCGACCCCAGAUAUCUGACACACCCUCUGGACCUCGAGAUACUGGCGCGCCAUGUACAGUUUGCAGACAAGAUUGCAAACUCUGAGCCUCUGGCCAGCCACCUGAAGCUAGACGGGAAACGCAACUCGGGUGCGCCCCCAGCCGGCAGCUUUGCAGAUCUGGGCACUGCCAAGGAUUAUGUACGCAAGACGGCGGUUGGUGCGCACCAUUUCACCGGUACGUGUUCGAUGAUGCCAAAAGACCUGGGCGGAGUUGUGGAUGCACAGCUGCGUGUGUACGGGUGCCGUAACCUUCGGGUCUGCGACGCCAGCAUCAUCCCCCUCACACCACGAACCAAUCCCCAAGCUACAGUGUACGGGGUGGCGGAGCAUGCGGCGAAGAUGAUACGCGCAGAUUUGUGA